AUGAACAAAAUUGCACAGAAAGGGGUGCUCACGCAGGUUCGAAACGCUCAGCAGGCUCUGGAUAUGCUCAACGGCAAUGGAAAACCCCAGGCAAUACUUGUGGCCGAUGCAGGCGUCGCCAGCAGGGUCAACAACGACGUGAUAGACAAGCUGAUAGAAUACGUCCGUGGCGGCGGGAUAGUCGUCUUAGCCGGUUCUUUCAGCUCCUCCAUUCGUCCUAGCGACAUGUGCAAGUAUUCUCGGAAAUGGAAUCUCCCUUGGAAGAACGGCUCCUAUUGUCGCACCACAGUCCAUCUCAACCGAAGCGCAGAAGGGGUUCCGAGAAGCGGGUUGCCAGCCUCAUACAGUCAAAAGGCUCUUUUCCUCACCAAUGUCGACAACAACGCGGCAUGGUAUUUGCCUAACGAACACUCACGUACAGAAUCUCAUGUCUUCUCCCCCGAGCCUGUUCCAACUUCGGAGACACCUGCUGCGUUUGCCAAAGUGGGGAAUGGUUGGCUCGGAUACAUUGGCGAUGUGAACGGAGAGGAAGAAACCGAUGCAGUGCUGUUGGGUAUGUUGGGGUUGGCGUGA